AGAAGAAAGGGACGGGGGGAACAGAGAAUAUGUCAAAAAUGUCAUUUGGUAUUUGGUUUGUUUGAGAUGCAAAAAUAAAAUUUACCAUCAACCAACGACCAAUCCAGCUCAUUUGCACUCUAGAACUGAAUUCAAAACACUGGUGUCAUGUGUUCAACCCCAGGCUCGUCAAAGCAUGAAAAUUUCGACGAUUUUUACUCGGAGGUGAAGCAAAUCGAGAAACGUGAUGCAGUCCUCACCUCGGAGCAACAAAUCAAUCGUUUACUACGACCGGGCUCCACAUACUUCAAUUUGAAUCCGUUUGAAGUGCUGCAAUUGGAACCGGAGGCCACGGUAACGGACAUAAAGAAAAAGUAUCGAUCGCUCUCUAUACUCUGCCAUCCGGACAAGAAUCAAGAUAAUAAAGAUCAAGCUCAACAAGCUUUCGAGGUGAUAAAUCGAGCAUACAAAGUAUUAAGCAAUGACAUAACACGGAAAAAGUGCUUGGAAGUGUACGAAGAGGCCAAGGAUCGCACCGACCAUAUGAUUGCCGAAAAGAAGAAAAAAUUAAAAAAGGAUGGCAGAGGCGACGAAAGUAUUCCCGAAGACGAUCCGGAUAAAUAUAAGCAUUCAAUAUACGUAAUGGUGAUGAAAUUGUUCGCUGAUAUGGAACGUCGUCGACAGCAACUGGAAACUCGUGAUAUGGAAGAACGAAAGCGCAAACGAGAAUCGGAAAUCGAGGAAGAGGAAAAGAAGAAGGCGGACAAAGAAUGGCAAAAAAAUUUCGAAGAAUCACGACAGAAUCGGGUUCAAAGUUGGCACAGUUUUCAAUCGGGAUCGUCGGGCAAAAAGGCGAAAAAGCAGAAAAAAUCGCUGGCAUUCAAUCCGCCAAAACUAAAACCGGAAAUGAGAUAAACAAACGGACGCUACGACACAAUUUCCAAUAUGAAAACUUUUUAAUUAGAAACUUGAAAUACAUCAGCUUGUAUGUAACUCUA